AUGGCGGAUUCUACGAAGAAAAGUUUAACUUCUACUUCGGCCAGCAAGUCAACUUUUGAUCUCGCUAGUAUAAUUUUUGAAAAAGAUAAAAGCAGAAAGUCUGUAAAAAGGACUGAUAGUUUUAAAACUAGCAUUAAAUCAACUGCAACUGGUGGAAAUUUAGAAAAAGUCACAUGCAGUCCGAGUGAAAUGGCGGCAAGAAAUCGACCGUCCUCAUCCAAAAAUAAAGAUGAUGCAAUCAUCGAAACUUCAAGUUUUUCAAAAGAUAACAGUCAAACUUUUGCUGACUUCAAAAUGGAAAUGCUUGAAAUGCAUAAAAAGUCUUUUGAAGAAAUUCAAUUAAUUAUUGCAAACUCGAUGGAUAAUUUACGACAACCAGAAAGUCGUCGUACAGAUAAAAGACCCAUUUGUGGCCGGAAACGAGUUAUUUCUGAAUCUGAUGUCAACAACGAUAGAUCAGAAGAGGCUAAUACUGGUAGCUCACACUAA